UAUUAGGUCACUUUGUGUGUCGUUCCAGGCCCUUGGUUGACCGACAGACACGUACGUGGGCGUCUACAUGCAUUCCAGACGAGUGUGUACUCGAGUGAGCGGUGUCAGUGAGUGACACCGCUCUGUCUGUCUCUGACUGACCCUUUCUUGCUUGAGUCCUUUCUAUCUAUUCAUCCUUGUCUUUGCCAUCAGUCUCAUCUGUCAGAGUCCAGGCAUACAGUCUGUCGAUCCACUUGCACCACACAACGCCAUAGGUGAGCCAGGCGGCCAUCGCCAGAGAGGCAGCCAGCCACGGUAUCAGCUCGAAACACACACGGGGCACACCACAGGGAAGCGAUGACACAACUGACAAAUAAGUACACAAAGGUUGACACCACCAGGUACGCACCCACCGCACAGAAAGGGAUACAAACAUUGCUGUCACGUCCGCGUGAUCCUGCUGGUUGCCCACCGAUAUUGAAUGGCACCGGCUCCUCCAUCAAGCGUGGAUGCGCCGGCACGCCUCUGACUCUUCCCUCCACUUUGAGCACGUAAGCAUCCCCACCACAUAGCCCUUCAUGAUGGGCGUAUGCAUCCAUGGGCCAUGUGGGCACCCUCUGCCCCUCCCACAUGACCGCCACAUCGGCAUCGGUGCUGAAGGCGAUCUUGUCCUCUGUGUCCAGAUGGUCCACGGCUGCCGCACAAACACAUAGAUCCCACUACGUGUUGUGUUGUGCAGCAAGUCAGUCAGGUGGCAUCGCUCCCCCCUCACCUAUCGAGUAAUCGAAUGUCGGCGGUGACGUCCUGAGAUGGGUCGGCAGCUCGUUAGCAAAAGACAGCUUCAUCACAACCGGCGACUGAUUUAUAGAUACAGCAACCGAACCAACCGAAUGAACGUCGCAUUGCAAUCACAGCUGCCUGCCUGCAGGUACUCUUACCGUGCCCAGGUAUGACGGUUUGAUUUCGUAGCGCAUCAUUGGCUCCAGCGAACACCGCAACAAUGCAAACAGAGUGCUCAAACCUGCAAUAACGUCCAGUCCACCACCAGAAGCGGAUGGAUGUACAGAAUGCUGAUGACAGUGAUGUGCCUCCACCGUACCAGGGACGAUAGAACGGGUUUUGAGUUCUUUAUCUGGCAGCAGGAUGGGCAGGAAGUCCGGCAUGUCGGCAAGGGACACCCUCACCUCCUCCCGCAUCAACGGCGUGCAGAUCUGCCACAGGGGGAGAUCGUUCGCCUCUCGCAGGGUCUGUGCUUCACUGCAACGCUCUUUGGUGAUACCCACAAUGGCGACGGCGUCCUGAAAAGGCCAAUUCGAUGCUCAGAUCUGAAGCGAUCAG